AUGGAUCUACGUGCCAUGUUGAACGGCCCAGAUGGGGGCGCAUCGAGAAAACAACAACAGCAACAGCAACAGCAACAGCAACAACCUCCUCAACCUCCACCUCACCCUCCACCUACUCUCCAGACAUCAUCAUCCACGAACUCCAUCCCAACUUCGACUACACCCACGACCCCUUCUCACGCCGGGCCCCAUCCGCAGUCAUUCAGAGAUUAUAGUCAGUCGACCCACGCCUCUCCCGGUCCGCAUGCCCGCGAUUAUCCCCCAGCUGCUCCGUCGUCUGCGCACCCUAACCAUACACCAGGAUCUACCGGUGCUUAUCCUUCCCCAACAUCCUACAAUCCUCCCCCAAACGCGUUCGUCGGCAGGCCCCCUGUUCCGCCGCUUCAGCCCCCAGGUCCCCACGAUUUACGAUCACCAGGGAGCGCCUCCAUAUCCGGGCCAUCUCCUUAUCGACGAACACCUACCUCUUCCAUCAGCACCGCCAGUGGCGGCUACCCUUUCCCUCCAACGCAGCAACCUCCUAUAAGCCCAAUACAGAGACAUCAAUACGGCCCACCAGGCGCUGCUAAUGCUGGUCCGGGAGUUGGUCCGAGUGCUGCAGCUGGAUCUUAUUCUCGCGAUAGUUACAAUAAUCCUAACCCACAAACACAACACGGGUCCAUCUCGUACCAACAGCUACCACCGCAAACACCACCAGUUGGGACACCUGGUGGUAGUCACCAGUAUUUGCAUCAGAGGUCUCACUCUAUUCAGUCAACGCCCACACCUACUUCUGCGCAUAGCCAGCCAGGUACAUACGGCCCCCCUUAUACCCAACAAGGCAGUCCAGUCACGACGACCACACUUCCUCAUCCGCCCCCUCUCGACCAAUUCCAACACCAACACCAGCGUCAAUCUCCUCAGCCUGCGACACCUCUUGGGCAGCCUUUGCCUGGCCCUCCGCGACAAUCUCCUGCAACGAGCUACCAGCAACCGUCCAGUCCGUACCAAAAACGGGUUUCGACCAUCUCUAAUAACUCUACUUCAUAUCCUCCUCCUCAACCAAUGCAAUCAUCGCCCAAGCCACCCCCACCUGCUUCCAUUCAACGAAUUCCCAGUAGCAGUAGUCAUAGCACCUACGACGCUGUUACCGAAUCUUAUCGAAGUGAACGUGAAAGAAGCUUGAGUGUCUCACCCAAAACACGUGUCCCUAGUUUACCUAGCAACGCUAGCCAUCGCCCUUCAUCUACCAGCAGCGACGCAAAUCCUUACAACCCGCAACGUAUCCCACAAGCCCCAGUUAACCAACACGCUACAAUGGAACCUCUUAAUGGCGGUGCUCCAGCAAAACGGAAAUUAGAGCACAGAGAUCUCAGACCGGAUGAGUUGGAAAAUGACCGAAAAGCCCCCCCCCCUCCCCAAAUGAACGGCAAUCGCGCCGUUCCAUUAGCUGCUACGAGUCCAGCCUCAAGAUCACCGUUAGUGUCACGGCCAAAACGGAUUAAGCACGACCGCCCUCCAAUCUGGGCACAGAGUGCCAAAAGCCGAGAACAGCUGAAAACCAAGAGUCGCAAUUUCUCUUUAAAGUAUCAUAUUCGUCAGCAGGUGCACGCGGGUGGACAGGUCAAUGGAAAUAACAUCCAGGACACCAGUGCAAAUGUAAAGUCGGAACAUGUUUCUCGACAUCCCUCACCCGAAACGACGCGAUCUACUGUUGCGGUCAAGUCAGAGGAACCCAAUCAAAUGGUCAUCAAAGAUUCUCUCAUAUUUAACGGCCAGCCGUUCCCCUGGGAGCCUAGUAUCGGAAAUGAAACACCCAAGAAUAUUGUCUGUCGCGAGGUUGCCGACUUUCUUGGUAUCAACGUCUUACAGUGCCCGCAGUUCGAGGAGGUACAUAGUCGGGGUGCACAGUUCGAGAUCGAAGCCAAACUCGGCACCAUUAUUGACAAGAUGACCAAUGACCGCAUCUACGUUCCUCAAAUAAGGGCCGGUGAAUGUGUAUUGCAUAGCAGUGGGGUCGCCUUCCGUAGCUCUAUGACUGAGAGCCAACAUUGCGAGCUUAAUGGUUACUUGAAUGAACAAGUAAAAGCCUCAUUCCCUCGAAACCCUAUUGCGAAUUCUCGAGUACAGGUUCACUAUGUUCAUCGCCGAGAAAUCGACCGGUUCUUCGAGUUACCAUCUUCAAUGCGGCAACGAAUACCGGGCUGUAUUUCGGGUUUAUUGCAACAGGGCACUGUGAAAGCACGUGUUACGUAUGACCAAAAGACUGGCAAUGUGCUAGCGAAGAUUGUUAAGGCCCGUAUUGCAGAUAUGAACAUACACUUCCCCCAUCUACCUCUCGACUGCCGCAUCAGUAUCAAUAUUGAAUGGGACUGGGAUGGCUCUGUCGAUGAGAUAGAACGAUGCCAAGUCACCAACAAAGAACGGCCUCCUGAUCGAAUCAAGGAUCGACUCAGCUACAAGCACGGCUUUUACCAGGUCGACCUUACUCAGGUGACCCAAGGUCACCCUACAUCAGGUAACCAGGGACCGCAACCGCACGCUGGCGCAGCCAAGGAGCACGAGCUUGAGGUGGAAUUAGAGGCGCGUCCUCUAAUCGAGCAUGGCCGCAUGCUGAUGCGCCAGGAGCCAAACAGGUAUGAAGACUUGGUUGACGGUUUGGUUAAUAACGUCCGUCUGCUAGCCCGACGUUGUCCGCCACCGCAUUCAUGA